GAUAGCCUCUUACGAUAGCCACUGCAUGCUCCAUAUUGCUUGCAGUUUGAUUGUACAUGCUACUACGCACGUUCGGACUGACCCGCGCCUUAUUUCCUCUUCAAAAAGCUUUCCGGGUCCGAUCAAAAGUUCUUCAGCGGGAAGCCUUUUCACAUCUUGCCUGUAGCUGCGCACCCACGUUCGCAAAAAACUUGCGCUUUCCCCAAGAUCUGAUACGGCCCUCGUGCGAAAGCCCCUGUUGGUUCAAAACCAUUCGAGGCUCAAUUCCGGUAGCCUGCGAGGCCAUUAUUUUGCGCUUUUCUGGACAGCGCAGGUUCGAGGAAAGCCGGUGCCUUUAAGAAACAGUUGCCAAAAAUCUACGCUACAUCCCGUUGUCUCGGUGGCACAGAGAGCGCAGGAAGGAUGCUAUGCCUAUAGCCUUCUAACCUUAACGUUUCUUUACUGCGUCGGAGUAUAGAAAUGUCCUACUUUAGAGCGACGCUUGGCACACCGCUGGAGGGAGGCUUUCGGGAAACUGUUGCUCGAACGCCAGUGCAUUUCGUGGUACAUAUUAAGGGUGGAUGUAUCUAUGUCAAAAGCGGUGCCACUUUUUAGAAUUUCGGCUGAGCAGAUGCGACCAUUCACUACUGGUCGGCUUCGAUUUCGUAAUUUGCACAUGUACCCCAGGAGUGAACUUUCGAAACUCAGCCUUGAGGGUGUUAACCAGUGCCCCUCAUGGCAAUGGCUACGGAUAUACUCAGACUACAUUUCAUACGUUUUUUUUUUUUUUUUUUUUUUUUUUGGGGGGGGGGGUUUAUUUCCUCUAUGAUUUCCUUCUCUUCAAGAUCUAUUUGCUUGGUGCGGUUCUUGCUAAAAAUGUUCCUUCUGUUCUCCUAAACGUUCUCGUACAAAUAAUAUACCCUACACGCAUAGAGGGGCGCUUCUGCUUGUUUCAGUUCCUUUAUUAUUAUUAUUCAUCGCAGUCUAAAUUGCUGAGGAGAACGUAAAUCGAAAAGACGCGCACACGCGUUGAGAUCAACAAGUGUCAUCUCGUAGACGAUAGCAUUCAGAAGAAGAAUCACUGUAAUUUUUCUUCGUUAUCAUACCUCAGUAUGCCUCAGCUGUCAUACGUAAAAUGUGACAUAUAUAAAAUCAAAACAAAGCUGUGCACACACUAUAAGAGGCCUUUCAGCAGACACUCAAAUACAUUAUUAUUGCGAUAGCAAAUAUAUGAACACACCAAGCGAAUUUUUGCCAUCGUCGUCACUGUCGGCGUCGGCGCGAGGUUGCGCAUACGUUUAAGUAUACGUAUGCUAUAUGCCAUGCCAUGAUAUAUGGCAUGCGGUAUAUGCGGGUUAUAUUGCCGCACCAUUCUAUCCCUAAAGUUACUCAUACCAGGUCUUACGUUCGUAACAAAAUUAUUCCUCAGAAUUUUGUGAAUUCACAAACAAACAAAUAUCAUGAAAAAAAAACAGAAUACCGACAGCGCAUGCCUUUUAUGUUAAAUCUUCUCAGACUUAAAUAUUGAAAGUGCGAAACAAUAACAGAGCUAAAAAAGGAGUUUCAGCCUAAGAAAGAAGUUUCAAACCUACCCAAUAAGGAAAAGUGGUGGUAAAAUCGAUCUAUGAAAGACGUUGGCCUCAAUGAAUAAACAUAAAUGAAAUUGUCCGACGGCAACAUUCAAACAAAAGACCCCUAGCACAACUCCGCGCUUUUACGUCACUUACGUUUAUUUCUAUUCAUACUGCCACUACAGCUAGGAGUCUUACACUUCGUGUAAUAUUCUAACAUGUUGCUAGCGCAUUCAGUGCUUCGCCCUUAUGGUGUGACUGUGAGUUUGUUUGUUUGUUUGUUUGUUUGUUUGUUUGUUUGUUUGUUUGUUUGUUUGUUUGUUUGUUUGUUUGUUUGUUUGUUUGUUUGUUUGUUUGUUUGUUUGUUUGUUUGUUUGUUUGUUUGUUUGUUUGUUUGUUUGUUAUCUGCGUACACGGUAUGCUGAGUGUACCACUUCAAGGACUUUUAGCUGUUCCAGACAGUAGGAAUCCCACUAAUACACGUAAAAUAGGCGGGACCAUGAACCACAGCAUCUACGCCGCUCAUUCAUGAACUCAAUAAUAGAGAGCUACACAGUAAUCUGGAGAAGGCAUUUUGCAGCGAUUAUGAUUGUGGUGGUAUCUUCAAGAGUGGCACAAAUGCAUUGUGGAGGAAACGCCAAAAUGGUUGGCUGAAAGGAGCCUUUUAAAACACAAUUCUUUUCGUUUAAUCUUCCUUGGUCGGUUGAUUCUAGGUGAUAUGGCUCAACCCACUACGAGUGAUGGGCUAUUAAUCGGGCGACAGUAGGAGGAAAAAAACUAAAAUGGAAUUGCGUAAAUCAAACACACUAAAGGAAAUGAGAAUAUGAGAAUGAAAUAAUCUCUGAACUCCGUCAUUAUUAAUACUGAGGAAUAUCUUAAUAUGGUAAUGUUCUUAAUAUUGUUAGUCGUGUAGGAAAAAAGAAAAAAAUGUUUAAAGAAACUUAGCGGUGGCAGUUUCAUUGUGUCCCUUUAAAAAUAAAAUAUAGCAUCGCAUACCUCAUUCUUCUUCUUCGUUUUUCUUUUUUUUUUCAUUUGUAGCCUUCGUGUCUGCGAUUUCGUUACCUUCUUUAUUGUCACUCCUGCCGAGGUUACAAACAACGGGAUUGGUAUCCAGCACAACGCCUUAAUCGCCAUUCCAGCCUCCUCGAUUCCCAGGAGCGCGGGCGGAUUUGGCUGAGGCGUUCUUUGGAAACGGAUCAAGACAGGCUCAAGGCCGCGGGCAGUUCACAUCGCGGGCACGUAUGUACCAGAACUCAACAAGGCGCUGCACAAGUCACGUACGUCGCACUCCUGCCCGCGCACCUGGUCAUCUUGUUUACCCUGCGGAGCUGCGAGAAAAACCUAUUUUGAUGGCAAGCGCAUACUGCUCUUCGCGACGUUUCUCAAAAGCAAGAGACGCAACCGAUUCGGCCGAAGUGUUUACGACAAGGCCGCGGCUGUGGGUGAACGCGUGUUAACCUAAUAUGCGUUUUUUUUUUUUUUUUUUUUUUGGGGCGACGUCAAUUGUUUAGAAGCGCGCUGACAGUUUCGAUGCAGCCGACCAGCUUGUUAGCAAGCUAUAGCCCGAAAGUUCUUCUGGAUCGUGCACGUUAUUCGGCGAGGCAAUUGAUCUCUCUUAUUGCCAUCAAAGGCACCGGCGUUCGCUCCCCUGUGACCGGUGUACGGCUGAGUCUCCGCGAUAACGGUGCCUUAUAACGCAGUUCAGACGAGCAUGCAGCAUGGGUAGAAUGGCCAGGUGCUGGUUCCGUGCAUGCGGGCGUGUUUGCGUGCCGAACUGGAGAUAACAGUUCGCUUUAAUAAACAAGAGCUGUGAUUUUUGCUAAAUUUUCUUUAUCGGCUCCGUUAAAUCCUCUUAAAGCCUCUUCUAAUUAAAACUGACAGGUUUGCUUUAACAUAGGCGAAGUAGUUCACGCAGACGGUAGUUUGAGCUGAAAGUGUACACCCUCCAUUUAUAACUAGAAAUGUGUUUCGACAGAGUUGCAGGAAGUUUGUUUGCGACGUAGUGGGUAGUCAUGGGGAGGGGGGGGGGGGGGAGGUUGCCUGCUGUAGCGACGAAUCAAUUCAGAGCAGAAGGAAUCGCUGGAGUCUGCUGCUGUUGUUGUUGUUUCUGUUUUACAUAUCACGCGCCUCCGCUCACAUCCAGGACACGCGCUGACCGCUCUUUCUGGAUACUUGAGGAGAAGAUGGUGCAAGAUUACUCGUCGAUCGAAGUGCGCUAGACGUAACGACGCAAACAGGAUGCACCACAUUGCGCCAACGAGUUCUCGCAGAACACCGCCUCCUUCAGUCUGCGUCAGGUCGAUAUAUGCACGAUUCAUGAAAUACUGUGUCGGAAAUAAUGUGUCGGAAACACUGCGAAAUACUUUCAGCACUUUCCUUUAUUUUUCUGAGUCGUACGCGUCUCGAAGCGGACGUCCGACCAUAAAGAAGACAACAAGAGCUUGAGCCAGCAACUCCGGUAUCAAACUACUGCACUGGAAAGUGUGGACUGCUUCUGCGUGCCGCAGUCGGCUAUCCGCCCAGUUUACUUGAAUAGCAUCUUCACCGUCCAUGCGCGGGUACUUACAGCGUUGGGCAAACAAGAUUGCGUGAGAAGCGGCGAAUGGCGAAUUUUUUUUUUUUUUUUCGUUUGUGCCUACUCAGCUUGAUUAAAUCGAAGUGAAGCGCGCAGUUUGCCUGCGUACACACCACUCUAGAGGCUUCGCUACACGUCAGAACUUGCUGAAUCGUCAUUGCGCAGCUCUCAGUGACGCAAGAAUACCGGUCACGCAGAGAGUGCUAUAAAAAAUAUGGAACUGUCGCCAUAGAGAAAAAGAAUCAACAAGAGCGGACACUCGGCAAAAACUGGCGACAGGAAAUAAGUCAUGCUACUAUUCACAUUAGCCGUUAGCUGACGGGAGCAUCGGGAAAACAGGAAUGUGAGAUGAAGCUAACAGACAUUGUUUUAUUCCUUUAUUGUUUCCCGCUAAAAAUAAAAAGUUUUGCGUGUAAAUUAGGUUAUACUUUGCUACUUACUUUUCUUGAGUUACGAAGCGACAAGCCAAUGACACGCGUGGCGCGCCAGAUGCCCGCGCCAUGCGCCAGACAUGCACUGAAGCGAGCGAGGCCGGCUGCGCAUGUGAGCGCGUUCAUCUGUUCGACGUUUCGUUUGUACUUUUUUUUUAUGUAGUUCUGGUCUCUUAGGCUCUCGAAGUAUUUUUACGUUUCUUCUGCACUUCGCCACGGCACUCCUGCGCUCUUGGACCCCGGCAAGUGCUUCAACGGGCAUCAGAGUCCAAGACGCCGAAGGCACGGACACAGUCGGAGUAGCUGACCUCAUGGUUGGCGACGCGUGCAGCACCUGAGCGAUGCCCGACAGCAUCCCACAGGCCCCCAGCCAUGCCGCCAUAGCGGAGGUCCUCGCCAACACCACUUCCAGCCUCUCAUUUCACCAGACCAGCCAAAAUGGACGUGGCGAUGCCAGCCCGGAGUCAGUCCUCGGGCCGCAGUACCAUAGCCAAGUCCGCAUCACCGUCAUCAUCAUCAUGAUCGCGUUCUCGGUCACGGGCAACAGUGUCGUCUGCUGGCGCCUAUUGCGCAACCACCGUCGGCGUCGCUACCAGAAGGCCCACGUCCUCUUCCUGAACCUCGCCUUGGCAGACCUUCUGGUCACCACAGUGACGAUGGCUUCGCAGACGGUCUGGGAGGUCAUGGGUCGCGUCUGGAUUGCCGGCGACGCUUUCUGCCGUGUCUUCAAGGUCCUGCAGACGUUCGCACUCGCCUCCUCCACGUACAUGAUUGUGAGCAUAGCGCUGGACAGGCACUUCGCGAUCGUGCACCCUCUCGCCAGAUGCCCUGCGCCGUGGCGCCUGGCGGCGGCCGCCUGGAUCGCAUCGCUGAUCCCAUCACUGCCCAACCUGUUCGUGUUCCGUGUGGUGGAGGCCACCACGGGCGUUCGAUACUGUGCCUCACUGUUCUAUGCGCGCAAGACUGCCUCGACACUGCCUCGACAACUGUACAUGACAUUCGUGUUCCUGGCCGUGUUUGUGCUCCCGCUAGUGCUCCUGGUUGGCCUGUAUGGUCGCAUCCUCAUGGAGAUCUGGCACCAGAGCUUGGCCUUCAGGAAGCGACACCAGACGGCUUCGUCCUUGCCAAAGGCAAAGGUGAAGACCGUCAAGUUGACGGCGGCAGUCUUCGCGGCGUUUCUGGUGACUAACGUUCCCUACAUGGUCCAGGAGAUGGUGUUGGCCUUCGGAGGUGCGGACGUCUCUCUGGACCGAAACCUGGUGGCUCUCUUCGGAGUUAUCUCUGCCUCGAACAGCGCCAUCAACCCAUACAUCUUCCUGUGCUUCCAGAAGAGCAACGCAAAACGGAAGCGUUUCGCGAUGGCCUUCCGUAGAGACGUCGUCGCUGAGAGCGAACUCGGGAACGGUCGCUCUAGUUUCGGCGGCACCAAGCACUACGUGACCUCGGUCAGGAAUCACUCGACCGUGUUUACUCUGUCCACAAAGGAGACGAACGGAAAGAUAUCCCCAGAGUUGCGCACGGACUUCAGCGCUUUAUGACAGUGGAGGAUCUUGUCAUGCUUUCUGUGGAUAGCAGUCUUCGUCCGGACAUUGGGGACCCCGCGAACUAAGGGCGGGACUGCUCCUGCGCCACCCAACGAUUCUCUGUGACAAUUUUCCAUACACCUUGUGACGCUUGGUGAUGUUAUGGGAUAGCACCUUUAUUAUUAUUAUUAUUAUUAUUAUUAUUAUUAUUAUUAUUAUUAUUAUUAUUAUUAUUAUUAUUAUUAUUAUUAUUAUUCAUCUCCUCCGUGAGACAACGGUACCUUCCAGCUCCUUGUGAAGCUCCAGCAAAGCAUUCAGAGAAGGCAACGCCGGGAGCCUGUAAAGUAUGAAAGAAGAAAGUCUAUAAGGAAGGAAAUAGCAUGUAUAGGCACGAAAAUUAAACUGGGCCGUGAGCGCAGCUCUUCGGUGUUUUCCAAAUCGGGGAGUGUCUGUGUUUUUGGGUUUAGUGCCACCACAAAACACACAUAUUCCCCAACGGAGCUGUAAGCUUCACGUACAAAUGAGUACUAAUUAACCUAUUGUAGCUAAUUAAUACAACCGUUCUGUUAUGUACGUCUGGCUAUUCUGCAAUAUAUUGCAGCUCUUUUCGACUGCUAAGAGUAUUAGAGACACUAAUUUGCCUCUGUUCUAUAGAAGUCUUGUAACCUCGCUCCACAACGGUCAUUCACGGCCGUCAUAUCUCUGGCAACAACAAAGUAUCGAUGUUAUCUUAUGUGUGCCCACUCCAUGGACACUCCAGGCACGUUUCUGCCGUCGCCGUCGCCGUGAUGCUCCGUAUAAAGUACGAGGGCGAUAACACCGUAGCCGCGUGCCCUACGCUGUGCGCGCGAAUGAAAGCGUGCUAAGGGGGCCGAUGAUCGCGACUCAUUCUCGCCCACUCAAAUGGGAGGAACGCACGGAGGAAGCGCGCCGUCUUCGUCGCGCGUGAGCCACGCAACGUUGCGAGGCACUGGGGCGAGGGAAGGAGGAAGGAGGCGGCGUUCUACUCCGGCUGCAACUUUUAUGUGGCAGAGACUAGGUGCGCCGGCGGCUCGUAGCCUUGUGCGUGCUGUGUAUUCUCGGCUCUCAUUUUGCAUUGAAGCAAUAGACAGCACCAAGGCCACUUCGCUCGCUGCUGCUGCCGCAUUUCCUCACGCCAGCUUUUUGACAGCGAGUGUGCGCGGCCAUCGAGUGUGAUGAGUUCAUGCUUGCUUUGCGUGCUGACACCAUGCUCGUUAAUUUACUUAGCAAGCGAAUGUCUACAAGAUUACUCGGUCGAUAAAAGUACUGUCCUCACUUC